UAUUUAGUUUGACGAGUUAAAUGUUUUUUUUUUCCGAAACCCGCUGUGUGUUUGGAUACGGUCUUAAUAACAGCUCUCCUUUUUUUGUCUCCUUCCUGCAGGGACAGCAUUUACACUCCUCCACAAUGCUCGUCAGCCUCCCCCCGUCUCCCGCCUGUCCUCGGGAAGCGCACCUUCUCUCCGCCUCCUGCCCCCAUCGUCCUCCUGCUGUAACCCUAAAACAGAGAUUGCGUCACCCAAAUGCUCAGCCGCAGCUGCUCCUGCUCUUUCUUAUUCUUUUAGCGCUCCUGCAGCCCGUCUGCGGGGCUCGGGGCAGAGGGGGAGGUCCAGGUUCAGGACCAGGAGGCGCCCCUGGAGGGCAGGGUGGCCCGAGGGGUGGCAGCACCCAGCGCGGCGUUGUCAUCCCUCCUCAUUACUCCCCCGGGCCGCAGGUUCUUCCCCCAAUCAACCCCAAACUCAUCAGCUCCCUCAGCAUCGCCGUCAUCUUGGUAGGGAACUCUAGUGAUGUGGCCCUGGGGGCAGGACUUGAGAAAGAGGACUUCCUGCACAUCCCCUACCCACCGAAGGUGGAGGUGGUCACCAUGAACGAGACCGAUCCAAAGAGCAUCAUCAAUCGGAUCUGUACCCAAAUGUCCCGGAACUCUUUGCAAGGCGUGGUUUUUGGCGACGACACGGACCAGGAGGCCAUCGCGCAGAUCCUGGACUUCAUCACGGCCCAGACUCACAUUCCCAUUUUGGGCAUCCGGGGAGGCUCUUCCAUGGUCAUGGCUGCCAAGGACGACAACUCCAUGUUUUUCCAAUUCGGCCCGUCGAUCGAGCAGCAGGCCUCGGUCAUGUUGAAUAUCAUGGAGGAGUAUGACUGGUACAUCUUCUCCAUAGUGACCACAUACUACCCAGGCUACCAGGACUUUGUCAAUAAGGUCCGCAGUACCAUCGACAAUAGCUUUGUAGGCUGGGAGCUGGAGGAAGUCCUCCUGCUGGACAUGUCAGUGGAUGACGGUGACUCCAAAAUCCAGAACCAAUUGAAGAAACUGCAGAGUCCCGUCAUCCUUCUGUACUGCACAAAAGAGGAGGCCAGCACCAUCUUCGAGGUGGCUCAUUCUGUGGGUCUCACCGGUUAUGGCUUCACUUGGAUCGUUCCCUCACUGGUGGCUGGAGAUGCAGAACACGUACCCUCUGUUUUCCCAAUAGGGCUGAUAUCGGUGUCAUACGACGAGUGGGAUUACAACAUCGAAGCCCGGGUGCGUGAUGCAGUCGCCAUCAUUGCCACGGCGACGUCCACCAUGAUACUGGAUCGGGGGCCUCACACCCUCAUCAAAUCCAGCUGCUUCGGGACCCUUGACAAGAAGAACAUCAACACUGGCCACUCCAAGGAAAUACUCAGGUACAUCAUGAAUGUGACGUUUGAAGGGCGUAACCUGUCAUUCAGCGAGGAGGGCCACCAGAUUUUCCCCAAACUGGUCAUCAUUCUUCUCGACAAGGACAGAACGUGGGACAGGGUGGGCAAGUGGGAGAAGGGCUCUCUGGCCAUGAAGUACCACGUGUGGCCACGUUUCGAGCUCUACUCUGCGGCGGAGGAGCACGAGGACCACCUGUCCAUCGUCACGUUGGAGGAGGCGCCUUUUGUCAUCGUGGAGGACGUGGACCCGCUAAGCGGCACCUGCAUGAGGAACACCGUGCCUUGUCGUAAACAGCUCAAACUCAUCAACCAAACAGGCGAUUCGGGAAUCUACAUCAAGCGCUGCUGCAAAGGUUUUUGCAUCGACAUCCUGAAGAAGAUCGCCAAAGCGGUCAAGUUCAGCUACGACCUCUACCUGGUUACUAACGGUAAACACGGCAAGAAGGUGAACGGGACGUGGAACGGAAUGGUUGGAGAGGUGGUGCUUAAGAACGCUCACAUGGCGGUGGGCUCACUCACCAUCAACGAAGAGCGGUCCGAGGUCAUCGACUUCUCCGUGCCCUUCAUCGAGACGGGAAUUAGCGUCAUGGUUUCCCGAAGUAACGGGACCGUGUCACCCUCUGCCUUCUUAGAGCCCUUCAGUGCUGACGUGUGGGUGAUGAUGUUUGUGAUGCUGCUGAUUGUGUCCGCCGUCGCCGUGUUUGUGUUUGAGUACUUCAGCCCGGUGGGUUACAAUCGCUGCCUGGCAGACGGCAGAGAACCCGGCGGUCCCUCCUUCACCAUCGGCAAGGCCGUCUGGCUGCUUUGGGGUCUGGUGUUCAACAACUCUGUGCCGGUGCAAAAUCCCAAAGGUACCACCAGUAAGAUCAUGGUAUCAGUGUGGGCCUUUUUCGCUGUCAUCUUCCUGGCUUCCUACACUGCCAACCUGGCAGCCUUCAUGAUCCAGGAGGAGUAUGUGGACCAGGUGUCGGGCCUGUCAGACAAAAAGUUCCAGAAGCCUAACGAGUUCUCGCCGCCGUUCCGCUUUGGCACCGUGCCCAACGGGAGCACAGAGCGCAACAUCCGCAACAACUAUCGAGACAUGCACACCUACAUGACCAGCUUCCACCAGAAGAAUGUGGACGAGGCCCUGUACAGUCUCAAGACCGGCAAAUUGGACGCCUUCAUUUAUGACGCCGCAGUGCUUAACUACAUGGCGGGACGGGACGAAGGAUGCAAGCUAGUCACUAUCGGCAGUGGCAAAGUAUUUGCCUCCACUGGUUACGGCAUCGCCAUCCAGAAAGACUCGGGUUGGAAACGAGCGGUGGACCUGGCCAUCCUCAUGCUGUUUGGAGACGGUGAGAUGGAGGAGUUCGAGGCUUUAUGGCUGACAGGUAUCUGCCACAAUGAGAAGAAUGAGGUUAUGAGCAGUCAGCUGGAUGUGGACAACAUGGCGGGGGUCUUCUACAUGCUCGGGGCCGCCAUGGUUCUGUCACUUAUCACCUUCAUCUGUGAACAUUGGUUCUACUGGCAGCUGCGCUUCUGCUUCAUGGGCGUGUGUUCCGGAAAGCCCGGGGUCACCUUCUCCAUUAGCAGGGGUAUCUACAGCUGCAUACACGGAGUACAAAUUGAGGAAAACAAAUCAACCAUAGACUCGCCUUCAUCAUCCAUAAAGAAGAACAUGAACAAUACCCACUCGAACAUCUUGAGGUUGCUCCGCACUGCCAAAGACAUGACUGCAGUGCCGGGCAUAAACGGCUCGCCGCACGCGGCCCUGGAGUACACCCACGGUGGUCGUGAAUCGGGCAUCUAUGACAUUCAGGAGCACCGACGCAGCCUCGUAGGGCACCCGGCAGACUGCAAGUUGGCGCCGCCCUACAUCCAAGAGGACAGCAUGUUCACUGACUACAUCAGCGAGGUGGAGAGGACUUUUGGGAACUUGCCCCUGAAGGACAACAACUUGUACCAGGACCAAUACCGGCACCACCACCCGGUCUCGGCUUUGGGUAUGUCCGGCCCCCCGCCUAAUAGGCCGCGUAGCUUAGGCAGCGCUAGCUCAUUGGAAGGGGGCAUAUUUGAUUGCGAAAGUUUAGGGGGAGGAGUAGCACCCAUCUUCACCACCCAGCCUCGCCCCUCCAUGACUCACAGGAAUACCAAUAAGUUUGACCUGAUUGCAGGUCACCCCCCCGCGGAUUCCAACCAAGUUGGGUUCAAGGGAAGCAAUGUGUACGGGAGGUUUUCAUUCAAAGGAGGCGCAUCUAGCACGGGGUUCAUCGGGGGUCAUGAAAGGUACUGCGGGGGAGGUGGGGGCGGGGGAGGCUCAGGGGGUGACGACGGAAACGUCCGCUCCGACGUGUCGGAUAUCUCCUCUCACACCGUCACCUACGGCAACCUGGAGGGCAACGCCAAGCGCCAUAAGCAGUACAGGGACAGCCUGAAAAAGAGGCCGGCCUCUGCCAAGUGCAGACGGGAACAGGACGAGCUGGAGCUGAGCGGCUUCAGGAGGAGACCCCACCACCACACCGUCCACCACCACUUCCCUCACGGUCCCUUGGCACACCGCACCAUCUCACCUCCCUUGGAGCGCAAGCGAGGAGGGGGUAACGCUUCACCUUACUUAUUCCGCAAAGACAAAGAGAACUUGAGGGAAUUCUAUGCCGACCAAUUCCGCUCAAAGGAGGGCAAGUGGGAGCAAGAGGUUGGAAGUGGAGGAAGUGGUGUGGGCGUUGGUAGCGGUGGCGGUAUCUGUAAAAGCUUAGUUCCUGUGGAAGACUUUCUCAAAGGUAAAUGCAAGAAGCAGGACUCCAAAGGUGGGGUCGGCUCAGUGUCGGCAGGUCAGCAGGCCCACACCUGCUGGGAGAAGGGCGUCUCCGGACUGGGAGCAGGCGGCAUAGCCGGAGGUGACUGGGAGUGUCGUAACUGCCACAGUGUGUGUCAUCACAGUGGAGGGGUGGGGGGCUCCUGCCCUGCUAGCGGGAUUGGGGCGAGCAACGUUCGCCCCAGCUCUGCUAGCUGCAAGCGCUGCGACUCGUGUAAGAUUCAGCCCAGCAACCUCUACAACAUCAGCGAGGAUAACAACAUAGUGUUUUCUGCAGGGAAGAGCAACAUAGGAGCAGGCCAAACGCCGACUCAGAGCAGGAAGCUUGGGCCAGGUGGGCGGGUCUUACGGAGGCAGCAUUCUUAUGACACGUUCGUAGACCUGCAGAGGGAGGGGUCAGGUCGCAAGGGAGGGGUUGGCGGCGGCGUUGGCGGCCAGUUUGCCCAGCCCCGAAGUGUGAGCCUUAAAGACAAAGACCGUUACAUGGAGGGCCCCAGUCCUUAUGCUCACAUGUUUGAGAGGUACGCAGGGGAAAGAGAGUCUCCCAUGUUUGGAGGGAUCGGCGGAGACAGGGCUAAAGGUGGCUCCUCCUUCAGUUUGUUUCGCGGAGGCGAAGGUGGGUUGCAUCGGCGGUCCGUGGGCGAGCGAGACCUAAGAGACAGGGACAGGGCUAAGAUGGGAGGUGGGAGCGGUGGUGGUGGCAGAGGCGCCGGGACUUACUCCUUGUCUAAAUCUCUCUACCCAGAUAAGGUGAACCAGAACCCCUUCAUCCCAACCUUCGGCGAUGACCAGUGUCUUUUACACGGUGCCAAACCGUACUACAUGAAAAAGCCACAGACGCAGCAACAGCAGCAGCAGCUACUCAACAACACCCGAGGAGGAGGGGACUUCCGGGGCUCCAUGGGGACCACUUCUUAUUUGCCUGCGUCGGCCACGGCCGGGGUGAUGUCCAAUGUAGCCCCCAGGUUCCCCAAAGAUCUGUGUCUAGGCGGGGUGGGCGGUCCCAUGGGCAACCACCACGGGGUCAACAAGCUCAUGCCUGGCAGUCGGGACACGUUAGGUUUGAGCCAAAGACCUUUCAAUGGUGCAAGCAAUGGACACGUCUAUGAAAAGCUCUCCAGCAUAGAGUCGGACGUCUGAGGGGAGGAUAAAGUGGGGGAAGACAAACGAGGGAAAACGGAGAACAAAGAACCGGCGCAGUACGAAGAGAAGGCGACACGAGUGGGUGUCGUUCCCACGCCGCUAAACGCCACAAUCUGGACGAUGCAUUCAAAGCCAGACUGUGGACGGCGGGUUUUAAGCAACGAGGGAGGAUUGUGGUGCUGGGAAGGAGGUAGGGAAAGACAGACGGACGGAGGAACUUGCUCUCUCGAUAAGCUCAUUGUUCCACAACAAAUUUUUGAGUUCACAACGGUAUUACAAUCAUGAAUGAGAAAUCAACACUGCUGAAGUAACAGGGUAAAUUAACAAUAAUUGUACCAAUAGUGUUAAUAUUAUUACUGAAUAUUACUCAAGUGUUUCAAGAUGAUUGGUUUGUUUUCCGAUUUUAUUUAUUCAAGUAGUGUUUGUACGAUGUUGAUUGUUUCUUAGCUUACCAACGUCACAGGAGACUUGUGGACCAUUUUGAAUAUUUCGGGGCUCCUGUUAUUUUGGAUUCUUCUUUGUAAUGAAUUAUUUCUUCAUGUUUGAUUUAUUUAUUUACUUUUCACAAUUUUGGAGAGUAUUGUGAUGUGUAUGUGAGAAAAAGGCAUGACUAAGUACAAUGUACUUAUUGGCUUCCUUUUUUUUUUUUAAUGGUCUUAUUACACCUACGGAAGCCUACAUCAUCAUACUGAUUUGCCUUCCAUUUAGUUUUUUUUUUUUUUUUUUUGCUUUCUGCUCAGCAGCACCGAAAGGGUCUCUCAUUUCAAGCUGGAUGUGCCUUAAAGGAUUAUUGUUUCACCUCCAGACAAUUGGUUCCUUAAUUUCAGGGCUAAAAACUUUCAUCACAGGAGUCACAUGUUAAAGAAAGUUGUGACAAUGACAAACUUUCCGGCAGUUGAGCUUCAACGAAGGUGUCAAAUGUUAUUUCUAAAGACAGGAAGAGAAGUGUUGCGGUUCAGAGGAGUUUUACGCAUACCCUACAAAAUGGUAAAAGAGUAGUUAGAAUUUAUGAGCCACUGUGCCAGAAUGAGAAAUAAACAUUCCUUUUUGCUGAAGAAAAAAAAAAAAAAAGUUUUUGACAUUAUCCUCAUUAAAUUAAUUUAGCAUAAGUGAUCACCUACUUGUUUCUUCUGUGUUUACUCACCAGGGCAAUUGUGCUGUUCGGACCAGAUAUGCUCUGAGUAAGACACUCUGCAUGCUACUUUUGUUUUAUUUUGUUUAUAUUUAAGGUAUUAACAAUGCCUACUUUAGUACAUAGUCACCAAUUACCACGAUGAGUGCAACACUCUUUCUGGAACAACAUUUGCACUUCCACUAAAUAUUAUGUUUAAAACAUCGUGAGUAAAAUAAAUAAACAUUGAAAUUCAAAUUUGUUCCCCAAAAGGAUUCGAAUCUGCUAUUUUACGGUAUAGGCUGGCAUUUUGGUAAAUUAUGUUUUUAGGGAGUUACUGGAAAAGAACAAUCCACAAAAUAUGAAGCUAAUUUAGAUUUAAAGCAAUCCGUCCAAUAAAUAACAAAUGACAUAUUUUGUCAAUGUUAUUAGAAAUAUUUCUGCAAAUUCCCCUCCUAAAAAUGUGAGCAGCUUCCACAGCUAAUUCAAAUUCCAACACAGUGGAACUUCCAAUAUCAAACAAUCUACUCUGUGAUGCUAGUCCCCAACCAUGACCACUCCCAUAAUGGCGCAGCCCUCCCUCUCCCAGGUCCAUCAGCAUGUUAUCGAGUUGUCCUUAUUUUAUGCCAAUUGAAAUGUUACUUGUAAUAUUGUUAAAUAUCCAAAAAUGCAUUUGGACAAAAUUUUACCCAAUACCGAUGUUUGUUCCUUGGUAAAUUCAAAUACGGAGCACACAAUAGAGUAAAUGUUUUCUUGUCCUCCCCAUUUCGAAAUUAAAAGCAACUUCAGUAAACUUGGUUGACAAGUCAGUAUGUAUGAUAAUAAGUGUUUGCAUGCAUACACUAUUCUUUCUUUCUGCUUUUACAAUUUUAACUUUUAGGCCAGCAACUGGGUGUUUUUUUAAAACUUACUUUUUAGAAAUAUCAUUGGUACACGAUCAGUGUUAGUGUACGUGUGUUUGUGUGUGUGUGUGAUUGUCUUAACAAGAGAAAACACCAAUCUAACACACCAAAAUCAAAAGUGAAUACUCCCAAGUUAACAAGACAUUCUACAAAAUUGAUUAAUGGUUGUGUUGGCUAAAUGUUCUUGAACACGGUGGAGGUUUUGCUGUCAGUCACUGAUAAAGCCUUUUUCAUACUUUUCUUCUUUUUCUCUCUCUUUUUUUUUUUUUUUUUUUAAAAAAAACAAAAUAUCUCCGUACAUAAUUUCUGUUGUCGUACGUGCCUGAAUUUGUAAGCUUGAUUACCUCUGUGUGUGCGAGACACAGCGUGAGUGAGGAAUACACACUUCUUUUAUAUGUACUAUACAACUCCAUGUAAAUAGAGGCACUCAUGGAUUUUUGAUAUAUUUAACAAAUGUACAAAAUGGCAGAGGAAAAAGGUCUAUUUGCGAUCAAUCUUUGAUUCGUAGGUGCCCCUCGCAAAAUUGUUUUGUAACUACUUCAAGACGUGUUAAUGUGCAGUUCUUCAUAAUGACGGAAAAUGCACGUUCGGUCGUUUUAUUUUGACCUGAAGGAGAAGAUCUGCACCAACUAGUCCAUGGGAAGCACAAUGUCGUUCCGCUUUUGUUCCUUCUGUUUGGGUCUCAGACGAUCAAACGCCAUCCCGGAGCUGUACAGAUUGUGAAAAAUUGUACAUACAACUCCAAAUCUUGUUCACCCUCACUUUUUUGUAUGCAAAUUAAUUACUUGUGUGAAGAAAGCAUUUCAGAUUUGAUGGAAUAUUUAGUAAUAUUUGAACAAUGAGAUUAAAACACACAGUCGAUGUGCAAAUAAGUGCUGAGAAAUAUUCUUCUUCUGUCUCUUUGGAAUAAAAGUGUUGAGUAUUAAUAAUAAAAAAAGUGAAAUCUCA